AUGGCUGAAUCCCCCGGCUCUCCCCUCUCCUCCAUUGCCUCUGACGAAAUGUCGGAUCGCGAGGAUGGAAAGCAGGGCUUAUCGCCCCCAGUGUCGAACAUGCCUCCUUCUAAACGUCGCCGGACAGGCAUCGCAUCCUGGGAUCGCAAUACUCCGGUUUCGACAUCGUUUCAGGAUGAGAUACCCCCGGCCUCCCCUUCGUCCUCAAUAUCUUCUGACACAUCUGGCGACAUCCCCAACUCUCCCACAACCUGGGCCCUCAUCGGCGGCAGUCAGGACGACGACUACAGCGGCCAAGGUAAUGACCAGGUGACCGUAUGUCGAUGGGAAGGAUGCGAUGCCGGGGAUCUGGGAAACAUGGAUGAUCUGGUCCAGCAUAUUCAUAAUGAUCAUAUCGGCAGCCGACAGAAGAAGUACUCCUGCGAGUGGUCCGAUUGCAGUCGAAAGGGACAAACGCAUGCCAGCGGCUACGCACUGCGCGCCCACAUGAGGAGUCACACCAGAGAAAAGCCUUUCUACUGUGCGCUACCGGAAUGCGACCGAAGUUUCACUCGAUCAGAUGCUCUUGCAAAACAUAUGAGAACCGUUCACGAGACCGAAGCGCUCCGCCCGUCUGAUCCUGUCCCAAAGCAUCACAAUCCCCCCUUCUCCGCGGCAGGCACCCCUUCCGCGACUCCCGCCAGCAAGGUCCAGCGUAUCAAAUUGAAGCUGUCGCAUCCACCCAAGGAUGAGACAGAUCGGUAUAGUGAAAGUAUCAACGAUGAGGUAGCUGGUACGGAGGACCUCGACGAAUUCGAAAUUCCCGAAUUUAGCCACGAUCUUGGAUUCGAUGACCACGAGUUGGGGCUUCCGCCUAUACAACUGUACCGGCUCCUUCGUCGACAGAUCCAUUGGGCAGAGAAGGAGGGUUUAGGUCUACGACGCGAGUGGGAAAAGAUUAAACCAAAGCGGAAACAGUCCUGGUUGGAGAAGGAGGCCAUCUUCGAUGAUGUGAUUGACGCCCAGCUCCGUCUCUUUAGCGUCCUGAUGGGCAGCGACAGCGUACCCGCCGCAACCUCCAACGCUCCAGAGAUAUCCCAAAAGCCCUCCGACACUGCCGAAAAGCAAGCAAAGCCUACCUCGGAUGCGGGAUCCGUUUCGCUAUGA